AAUGAAAUCUGCCUCCGUAUUUCAGUGCAGACUCAAGACGUCCUACGGCUGCAAGAUCUGUGCAAAAUAAUGUGAAUCAACCUGCCACGAGAAAUCAAGAGAAUCAGAAUAAGAUGGACAUCCAGGAUCAGGAUGCCACAGCCAGAUGGGAGGCUCUGGGCAGCCGUGACCCGAGAUCCAGAGGCACAGCAAUGGAGCACAUCAGCCAGGAGGUGAUGCGGAGAGUGGAGAGUAUAGGGCCGAUACCAGCCACCGUCCCCUCGCCUGUAGCUACUGCAGGGCACCUCACCAGCGACCUGAACGACAUCCUGGCCCGUCUACUCAUGCUGUCCAAGCGGUGCCCUUUCGAUGACGUCAGAGAACGAUGUGUUUGGCUGCUGCAGAACGUUCAGGACUUUGGAGUUCGAAUCCCAAGACCCCUGGGAAAUGGACCAAGUAGAUUUAUCCCUGAAAAAGAGAUCCUUCAAGUCAGUAAAGUAGACCCCAGGACACAAUCGAUAUUUGAGGACGCAUUCGCAGCACUGGGUCGCCUUGACAACAUCUCCUUGGUGAUGGGCUUCCACCCACAGUACCUGGAGAGCUUUCUGAGGACACAGCACUACCUGCUGCAGAUGGACGGGCCCUUAUCCCUGCACUACCGCCACUACAUAGGCAUCAUGGCUGCAGCCAGACACCAGUGCUCCUACCUGGUCAACCUGCACGUCAACGACUUCCUCCAGGUAGGAGGGGACUCCAAGUGGCUGAAUGGCCUGGACGGAGCCCCACAGAAGCUGCAGGCCCUCGGGGAGCUCAACAAGAUCCUGGCCCACCGGCCCUGGCUCCUCACCAAGGCACACAUCGAGCACCUGCUGAAGGCUGAAGAACACAGCUGGUCCCUGGCUGAGCUGAUCCAUGCUGUGGUGCUCCUCACACACUACCACUCCCUGGCCUCCUUUACCUUCGGCUGUGGCAUCACCCCCGAGAUCCACAGUGACGGGGGGCACACCUUCAGACCCCCCUCCCUCAGCCAGUACUGUGUCUGCGACAUCGCCAAUGGCAACGGGCACGGCCACCUGGAGGAGAGGAGAGGCAAUCACCAGGUGUCAGAGGUGUCUGGUGAGGUGGAGGUGCUGAUGGAGAGGAUGAAGCAGCUGCAGGAGUGUCGUGAUGAAGAGGAAGCCAGUCAGGAGGAGAUGGCCACACGCUUUGAGAGGGAGAAGACCGAGAGCAUGCUGGUGGCCACGGCAGAGGACGAGGAGUGUGUGCCAUCCAGAGACGUCUCCAGGCACUUUGAAGACCCCAGCUACGGCUACAAGGACUUCUCCAGGAGAGGAGAACAUGUACCCACCUUCAGAGUGCAGGACUACAGUUGGGAGGACCACGGCUACUCCCUGGUGAACCGUCUGUACCCUGACGUUGGUCAGCUGCUGGAUGAGAAGUUCCAGAUGGCCUACAACCUGACCUACAACACCAUGGCCAUGCACAAAGACGUGGACACCACCAUGCUGCGCAGGGCUAUCUGGAACUACAUCCACUGCAUGUUCGGCAUCAGGUAUGAUGACUAUGACUACGGGGAGAUUAACCAGCUGUUGGACCGCAGCUUUAAGGUCUACAUUAAGACCAUGGUGUGCAGCCCGGAGAAAACCACCAAACGAAUGUACGAGAGCUUCUGGAGACAGUUCCAGCACUCCGAGAAGGUCCAUGUCAAUCUGCUUCUUAUGGAAGCGCGCAUGCAGGCAGAACUGCUCUACGCUCUGAGAGCGAUCACCCGCUACAUGACAUGAAAUGCUUUUGGCGUUUAUCAUUGUUUUUUGCUGUCAUUGUCUUUGCUCUCGUGGGACACUUCAGAAGAAAUAGACCAAGGGGGGGGAAACAGAAAACUAAAAAGAUGAAAAGUAACCCUGUCCGUCGUGACGAAGCUCGUCCUCGUGAUGUGGAAAGAAAAAUGAACAGAACAAAUGAAAGAGAACAAAAAAAAAGCAAAUGAAAGAAGAAGAAGAAAAAAAGAACUGCAAAAAGAAAAGUCAUCUCAACCUACUUGUGGAAAGAUAAGCUGUCCUCUUUACCUGCAGUGCCAAAACUCACCAUGAGGGGGCAGCCUGGAGCAGACACUGCUGGGCCAGAGGAAAAGAAACAGAUGACACAGGCCACCCUUCCAGUAUUCUAAUACACCUCAGUGGAUGAUGUCAAUAGAAUCUCCAUAUAGUGUGAAAACCCACAGCAAAUCUCCAGAAAGCAAAGCAGUGCAUCAGUCUGCACUUGAUAAUGUAGUCACUGUUUUUUGUUGAAUAUAUUUUGCUUUAGUUUUUUUGUAUUAAGAGAAGUUGUUAUCAUGUGGUUGUUGUUGCGGUAACUGGAGAUGAUGGAAGCAUUAUUUGGCCUGUGUGUUGGUGUGCCUGGUUAUGUCAUACACCACAGUAUAGUGUGUAGAGGUGCGGCCUGAUACUGCUGCUCAUGUAAGCAAGGGGUCAUAUUGACCCCCCCCAUCCUCCCUCCCACCCCUAAGAACCCUAUCCAUCAUAAACCCACAGCAUUACCCCCCUUCCCCAAUACCCCCCACCCUGAAACUGUUUGUGUAAGCUAACCCAAGAAGUGUGUGAAAGCGGAGAGGUGUUGGAAAAACUAAAAAAUAACACUGUCUGAGCCCUAUUUAGUUCGACUGUACGUAUGAUGAACCCAUUCUGUAUGAGAGACUGAUGUCAGUGACAAAUAUCAUGUGUGGAUGUGUGUGUAACUCCAUGUGUUUUACAGAAAGUAUAAAUCAUGUGUGGAUGUGUGUGUAACUCCAUGUGUUUUACAGAAAGUAUAAAUCAUGUGUGGAUGUGUGUGUAACUCCAUGUGUUUUACAGAAAGUAUAAAGAAAAAAAGUGUGAAAUUUCAAGCAACAAAAAACCAGGAAGAAAGCGAGGUAAUUUGAAGGGUGAAACUUCUUGCCUCUGCUGUAGCUCUUUCCGUGUGGUGACUGUUACAUUGUUUUGUUUCUGGUAAAAAGCUUUGUCCUGUAAGAAAAAGAACAUGAAAGCUAAAACAAAGUGGUCUUCCAGGGGAUUGGCUUCCGGUUGUCAUAACAAUGACCUCACCUGUCUGUCUUCCGCUCACCCUCGACCUUUGACCCUGGCCUGGGCAUCCUCACACUUUCAAAGCUUUGGGUAUUGUGAAUUGUACCAGUAAAUAAAUACCUCUUCUGUUUUCUUUUCUAUCACAUUAAGAAGUGCUCUUUGGCGAGCAGAUUGACUCUUAUCAUUCUGGGUCGCUUGGCUUUCAUUCGUAGGGAGCCCAGUUGGUCCUCAUUGGACCGACUGGUCGAUACGGUCCGACUGCAGUCGGUCAUAGAUGUGCUUGUUCCCUCUGUGGGAGCCUAACCAGUGCAACGCAGUUUUUUUAAACGAGGGGUAGACUCUCCACCCUUUUAUUUUUGUUGACUAAAAACAGUAAAGUACUGCAUUCUACUGAGGGUGGAUUGAUACAGUUGAAUGAUUGUUUCACGUUAAGAGGAGGAGGAGGAUGAUUAUGGAAUGGUACAUUAUUUGGGGGUGGUUGUGAGAGGAAGUGUAGAGGUUUUAUCAAACUUCUGACUAAUGUCAGAUACUGAAACUUUUUAUUUAAAAAAAAUGGAAUAUGUUAUUGAAUCAUUGUAUUUUUUUGUUUUCUCCAUAGAACUGUUGCUGCUGCAUCAACAUAAUCAUAACAUUAUUACAUAUAAAUAAUCUAUACAUUGAAUCAUUCAUGAAACAAGCCCACCAAGUUGUAGUCAGCACACAUGCAUGUAUGUAUUAUCUCUAACCUUAACAAUAAACAUCUGAUCUCCAUCAGUGACAUUUUACAAUAUGUCAUCAGUAAUGAUGUAGGAAACAUUUGGCUAUUACAGAUGCAUUUUGCACAGUUAAUGCAAUUGAGUCCCACACCCCAAUAAAUGUUUCGUACAACCGCAUGUGUUGACUAACAUGAAGAAAAGUCACCAUCUCAUUGGAUUUAGGUUCAAAGUUAGGUGAAGAAAUACUAAAUUCUCUUGUUUUGAUUACUUUUUUCCACUUCCAUUCAACGUCAACCCAUUUCAUUUUUUGUUGUUGAAAUCAUGUCAAAAUGUUGAUUCAACUUGUUUUUGUCCAGUGGGGAGUCAGUCCUCCCAUUUUAUACUACACUGAACUCUGUGGUUCAAUGUUUGUGUUGACGAGUCCAAGGUUGAAUGUUACUCCCACACCUGUUGUGCUAGAACACUUGGACCUGUCUAAUGUGCAGUGAGAUGAGGGAAAAUUCCUUCCAGGAUCACCUUUGACCUCUAUUCUGCUCACCUUCCUGUCCUGUUCCGUUCUCCCUGCGGAAACUCCCUGGCAUCCUUGUGGGUGACUGGCUGUAGACUGAAUUCUCUGGAGGUUCAGGUACUUUUCUAUUAAGGGCAAACAGAGGGUGACUUGGUCCAUAUCUCUACUGAUACUGAACUGCCUCAUUUCCCUAUGACAAUCUGAACAGGAUGAGACUAUUAUAAACAAUAGAUGCACUUAAUACCUCCACAAUUACCCAACUAACUAACUUUAUCAACCCAGACGGACAGGUGUGUAUCAUGUAGAGAACCAUGUGUGUCAUUAACUAUGGCUGAUGAAAUGCUAUUGGGUUGUGGUCACUGUAAGGCGUUAUUAUUGCAGGAUAGGUUUACUUUAUUUUGACAGAAGUGCUGUUUUUGUACUUAUUUGAUGUAAUGAUAAUGAUGUGAUUUAAAAACCGCUGUUCUUUACUAACUUUGCAGCAGUACUGCCUGGCCUGGUCCAUAUCUGUAACAAUAAAGGCUUUGAGAAGGAGAACGUUUACCACA